AUGGCUCAAGACUACGAGACGGUGCUCAAGGGCAAGUACCCCGCCAAGGAGCAUGCCCUCCGCGUCGCCGACUACGUAAAGUCCAAGAUCCCCAAUGCCUCUGGCGUUCUCUAUGUCGAGGGCCGCAUGACCAAGAUGCUCGAGGACAAUGACGAGCCCGAGCCCUUCAGACAGCGCCGCUACUUCUACUACCUGACCGGUUGCCCCCUCGCCGACUGCCACUACGUUUUCGAUCUUGCGACAAACAAGUCGACUCUCUUCAUCCCCCCCAUCGACCCCGAUAGUGUCAUCUGGUCCGGUCUGCCCGUCAGCGCAGCCGAGGCCAAGGAGCUGUACGAUAUCGACGAUGUAAAGUACACUACAGACGUUAAUGCCGAGCUUGCGCGACUCGGCAAGGGCUCCAAAACAACCGUCUUUGCCAUCCAAGACCAGGUUCUCGACAACAUCACUUUCCUCGAGUUCGACGACAAGAACUUUAGCGUUCUCAAGGAUGCCAUUGAGCGCUGCCGUGUGGUCAAAGACGACUACGAGGUUGCUCUCACCAGAAAGGCCAACGAUGUCUCGACAAUUGGCCACCAUGCCGUGGUCAAGGCUGUCAAGAAUGCCAAGAACGAGAGGGAAUUGGAGGCCUUGUUUCUGCAGCACAGCGUCGCGAACGGUGCCAAGAAUCAGGCGUACCAUGGUAUCUUCGCUGGAGGUCGCGCAGCUGCCACUCUACACUACGUCGCCAACGAUGCGCCUCUGGAAGGAAAGCUGAACCUUCUCCUGGAUGCUGGCACGGAAUGGAACUGCUACGCCUCUGAUAUUACCCGUACGUUCCCCAUUUCUGGCAAGUUCAGCAAGGAGUCUCGUCAAGUCUACGACACCGUAUUGAAGAUGCAGCUCGAGACAACUGCUGCCUUGAAGGAGGGCGUCGUCUGGGAUGACAUUCACCUGCUGGCGCACAAGAUUGCCAUCGAUGGCCUCCACGCUAUCGGCAUCCUCAAGGGAGAUAAGGACGAGAUUCUCAAGAGCAGGACAAGUGUCGCCUUCUUCCCCCACGGCCUCGGCCAUUACCUGGGCAUGGACACCCACGACGUCGGUGGCAACCCCAACUACGCCGAUACAGACCCCAUGUUCCGUUAUCUGCGUGUCAGAGGCCAGAUUCCUGCCGGCAGCAUCGUGACUGUCGAGCCAGGCAUUUACUUCUGCAGCUUCAUCAUUGAGCCGUACCUCAAGGACCCUGUCCACUCCAAGUUCAUUGACCAAACCGUGCUGGACAAGUACUGGGAUGUUGGCGGUGUGAGAAUCGAGGACAACAUCCUCAUCACCAAGGACGGCAGUGAGAACCUGACGCCCACCAUCAAGGACCCCGAUGAAUUGGAGAAGAUUAUCCAGGCGAGCUAA